GUACAUUGGACAUUUUAAUUUUGUAAUGACUGAUUCAUUUAAAUUUGAUACGUUUUGUGUUGCAUUUUGGGAGAUGUGGUUUACUACUACUCGAGGCGGAGCUCAGUCAUGAUGAAACUUGGACCAAGAAAUAUCUCUGGAGACGUGGUAGCAAUAAUAAUUAAUCUAGCUAGAUGAAUAUAUCAUCUCAAUGUAGUACAUGAUGAUCGAGGAAGAACACGAGAAGAAAAAACAUACUGUAUUUGGGAGAAAAACAACUACAUGGGUCGCAAGUGGAAAUAAUCGAGGAAGGCUUCCAGUCGACGACUCGGCUCAUAACAUUGAGAUCAGUUUUUUGGGCCAUAUCAAGACUUUCUGAGGAAUUGCACGGACGUUUGCAGUGAUAUUGCUUUUUUUCCUCAAGCCAAAAAGUGUGGACCCGACGCCACAAUAUUAUUUUCUUACGGAUCGUCGACUCAUAUUGGUAGGCAUGCCAGAGUCUUUGGUGACAUGCGGUUUUGUGCAAUUAGCUUAAGUUGGCUAGCUAGCUAUUGUUUUCCUUUCGCGAACUGCUCUGUCUUGCCAAACACAUUUAGUAAUAUAUUAUUCCAGAAAUGCAACAGGAGUCGACUGCAGUUUGCUAACUACAUUAGUAUUUCCAAAAUAAUAGAAGUGGACUUUCAUUUUGCAUGGGCAUUACUUUAUCUACAAAGUAACGUUGCAAUAAUAUAAUAAUAAUAAUAAUAAUAAUAAUAAUAAUAAUAAUAGCUAGCUAGUUUAACUUUACUUGCUAGUGUGGUUUGGCUAGUUUGACUGCUCUCAAAUGAUUACGCUAACGCGUUCAAUGUUGGCUACUUACGUUACUACAGCAAACACCUUGGUACACUAAGCUAGCUAGUUUUUCGAAUUGGCUGGUUGGCAGUGCUGUUCAAUGUCAAACUGGAGGAGAACCUAUCCAUCUUAUUUGAAGGCUUUUGGGAUACACCAUUUUUUAUUUGUACGAACAACACAUUUGCCCCCUUUGCCACAAUGUUCAAGCUUUGUCUUCAGAGAACUCUAGGAUACACAGUCUCAGCAAGAGCAGUGCUGGAAAGUGUCACUGCCGGAAAGGUUUUGAAGGUGUCCCACGUGCAAAGCUGUUGGAUGGGAACGCUCGGACUCAACGAGCAGCGGGAGCACCUGAACUCUCCAAAAAGAGCAAAAGAAUUCAUCUACAGCCUUCACCCCAAAGAAAGAACAUGUUUACUCAAAGAACUGCAGAGCUUUGAGUCCAUAGCUAUAGCACAAGAGACGCAAGAGACUUCACCGCUUACUCAAGCUCAGAUCAGAUACGUGCUCCUACACAAUGCAAUCCCCUUCAUUGGUUUUGGCUUCCUGGACAAUGCCAUCAUGAUUGCGGCAGGAACCCAGAUUGAGUUGUCUAUAGGGGUCACCUUUGGACUAUCGACCAUGGCAGCUGCAGCUCUUGGGAAUCUGGUUUCAGACCUGGCUGGCCUUGGUCUUGCAGGAUACGUGGAAAUCCUAGCUUCCAGGCUAGGAAUGCAGGUUCCUGACUUGACCCCCAAGCAGGCAGACAUGUGGCAGACCAGGGUUAGCUCGCACAUGGGAAAAGGCAUUGGAGUCACAAUCGGAUGCAUUCUCGGAAUGUUCCCACUUCUAUUCCUAGGGGAUGAUGAAGAUGAGCACAAGAAAAAAGAAGCACAAACAAACACCCCAAACUCUUAACAGCAUGUAAACUAUUUUUUUGGUCUCGCGUCAAUUGCAACAAGCAUCAGCAGCAUGAUUUUAGUUGAUCUCUAUCUCUGAAAACCUUGUCUAUUUCAUUAUAUAUGCCAUUUACCAGACGCUUUUAUCCAGUGACUUAGUCAUGGGUGCAUACAUUUUUACGUACGGAUGGUCCCGGUAAUCGAACCCACUAUUCUGGCACUGCAAGCGCCAUGCUCUACCAACUGAGCUACCAGAUAAUCUUCUGAAAAUGUAUUAUGAGCCAUCAGGCUUAUAAAAGUAGUUGCAUUUGAUGGCAAAGGUAUUUUCGCAGGAUGGAUUUCGUUGAUGGGUUGAACAUUUGUUUGAGAUUAAGUUAAACCAAUGUACACUACCGGUCGAAAGUUUUUGGAACACCUACUCAUUCAAGGGUUUUAAUUAAAUAUUUUACUAUUUUCUACAUUGUAGAAUAAUAGUGAAGAAAUAAACUAUGAAAUAACACAUGG